GCCUCACAACUCCGACAGCACGUUACACCCCAACCUCUCUCAACGCAACUCCAACUCCAAUUCCAAUUCCAACAAGGAAAACUCCUGUAUUUUUUUAACUUCGAUUCCUGAUUCUCUUUUGUAAAACUAACUUCCCAAUUCUGUUUUUCUCAAAAUAUGAGUUUCCGAGAUAUUGAGGUCGGCAGUACUGGCCGGCCACGACGACAACAACAACAGCAGCAGAAAGACCAUUCUCAGGCCGUGGCUUCUGGGAUUUUCCUUGUCAACACUGCCGUGUCUUCCUUCUCUCGCCUCGUUAAUUCCCUCGGAACUCCCAAGGACACUCUCGAGCUCCGUGACAGGCUGCACAAGACGAGGUUACACAUUGGGCAGUUGGUGAAAGAUACUUCGGCUAAACUUAAGCAGGCUAGCGAGACUGAUCAGCAUUUGGAAGUUAGUGUUUCCAAGAAGAUUUCUGAUGCUAAACUUGCAAAAGAUUUCCAGUCGGUUCUUAGGGAAUUUCAGAAGACUCAAAAGCUUGCAGCUGAGAAGGAAACAACAUAUUCUCCUUUUGUCCCCAAAGAAGUUCUUCCAUCAAGUGAUGAUGCCCAUGAGCUGGAUAUAAGUUCAUCUAGGUCUCCUGUACGGCAACCUCUUCUUCUGAAAUCUGAAAGACAAGAAGUCAUACUGGUGGAUGAGAUUUUACUCAAUGAAGCAAUAAUUGAAGAAAGGGAACAGGGAAUCGAGGAAAUUCAGCACCAGAUAACUGAGGUAAAUGAGAUUUUUAAGGAUCUCGCUGUGCUGAUUCAUGGCCAAGGUGAAAUGAUUGAUGACAUCAGUUCUAACAUUGAAAGCUCCCAUUCUGCUACUACAAUAGCUAAUUCACAACUUCUGAAAGCAUCCAAGACCCAAAAAUCUAGUCAAUCUAUGAUGCUUUGCUGGAACUGGGAUGUUGGUCUUAAUUGAUAGUAACCAUAUUACUGCAAGUGAGCUUAAAUUCAAGCGACAAAACACAAAUCCUGAAACAACUUGAAGGCAGUCAUAGAAACCCUCAUCAGUUUCUAAAGUUUGGUACUUUUGAUAUCUUUGGUCACUCUCUUACUAAAGCCCUAGCUUGUAUAUGUAUAUAUCUGUUUCCAUUCUUGAUGUCUUUGGCCAAUAUGGUGGCUUCGAGACCUGGCCUAGAAUCGACCACUUGAUGUUGUAUUUAUAUCUAGUAUCAUUUUUGCAUUCAA